UUGGAAAGGCCGUCGCAUGGCAUGGCGCCACUGAACUCUGCGCUGGUCCUGCUCGGGCUCCGCCUCGUUUACGGAGCUAUGCUCUGGGACGACAUGAACCAGGUCGACAUUCCGUUGCGUCCGGAGCUGCAGAACGUUCGAGGUGCACUCCCACCGCCACGGCCGCUGCUGCCGCGCCACCGCGCCCCGACCAUCGAGCUCACGCUUGCCGCGAGCGACGACGCCGAGCGCUGUGGUCGCACCGUUUUCUCUGCGUUCCAAGAAGCUUCGAAUCCGGAUCGCGUGUUUGUCUACCUCGUCCAUGGUCACGCUCCAUCGCGGAGCCAGCGAUGUCGCCUUGCGUACUGCGCACUUGCUGCGCAGGAAGGAUUCGCUGCAUCGAUGCAACCCGUAAACUGUCCCUACGAAGCCCAGCUCGUUGCAGUGGCCACGCCGGCGUCAAGUCAACAUGGGACGCAUGAUUUCUGUGCGACGGCGCCAUCGAGCGCUCAGCUCGCCACGUCAUGGGACAACACCGUGCUCCAAGACUGGCUUCGCACCGAGAACGAAUUCGCCAUCGUAACCUCGAUCGCGGCGCCAGCGAUCUUUUGGUAUCCCGGGAGCUUCCCGCAUGCAUGUGUCCUCGAACGAUCGGCGCCGUUGAAGCCAUGGCGCACGUCGGCGCUUCCGUCGCUUGUGCAUGACCACACCCGACCGCUACUCGCCCCCUUUUUAGCCCCGACAACUGCGUUCGCCUUUGGUAAAUGCCACGCGCGUCACGCUGCAACGUCGGGCGACGUUCUUGCGCGCAGCGCCGCCCUCUGGGCUCGCGGGUACGACUUUUACUCGGCGCCGAGCAAGAUCUUGGAGUACGACGUCAACGACACGUACAACGACGACAACCAACGACCAAUCGCAACGCCCGAGCCCGAGGCAACCAAGCCCGGUGCACGACCGACACAUGCCUACUUGGACACCUUCUUGGGCCUCAACACUUCAUCUCAGCUCCGCGACGCCAGCGCGUGCCGGCAGCUGUACUGGGUGCCAUUCACCGACACGUCCCAUGCACAACGGCUCGUGCAACGCCAGAGCAUCGAGCAGACGUUCUAUGCGUACCCGCCGUCCAAGGCCAAUGAGAUGCCAUCUGCGUACGUUGCAGAAAGGACGCCCAACGGCCACGCGACGCGGCCACCGCGGACGACCGCACACAGUCCGAACGUGCCGUUGCGUGUCGAGAUCAUGACGGUUGCGUUCGUCUGCUUCUCCAUGACGAGCUUCCUCCUCGCCGUCCUCGUGCGCUACAUUCGCCGACCGCAUCAACUGUACGGUCGCCUCGCGUCGCCUUCGUGGCGACCACCACGCACGUCAUCCUUCCCAGACGACGACACGUCCGACUUGCUCCUUCUCUCCUUUGACCGCGACGACGACGACGACGAUCGCCAGGACCUCGAACGCUACUGAAGAUUGCAACCUUUGCUUGUUGUAGUCUGCGCCGCACAAUGAAAUCUCUUGUGAGCAUCAUAACGCCAAUACACGUCCUAUCUAUCUAUC